AUGGAAGAUGAUGUUAAGAAGCCUACAAGCAGCACAAACCAAAAUGUGGAUGAAGCCAAUCAACCAUUGACGCAGCAUAAUGGAGUAAAAAGAUCCAAAACUUUUGUGGGGUGUUUCACGUGUCGGUUCAGAAAGGUGAGGUGUGACUUGAGGCGUCCAGCAUGCAACAAUUGCUUGAAAGCUGAGGUGAUAUGUGCCGGAUACGACAUCAAGCUUCGAUGGUUGGAGCCAGCAAUAUUUGACACCGGAGGACGAAAACGUAACAAAAGCACGGCUGAUGGUCCCAGUAAGCGAGUAGACGUGGGUUCGAAAGGCGUCGAUGAGGCAACUCCAGAUAUUUUUCACCGGCGCCAUGUUGGGUUUGUGCGAUGGGAAGGCCAGGACGAAGACCAUCGACCUUACUUGUCGUACGACGAUAUGGAUCGCGAUUUGAAGAUACUACACAACUCUGUGAACGAUCCUAUGGUGCAUGGGAAACUGAAGACGAAACUUUUGGGGCCCUUUGGUGUUUUUGAUGGCACCAAAGUAAGCUCGGCCGAGCCAUCAGCUCCAGCUGUCGAAUCUAAAGGAAAGCCAAGAAAUAAGGAAGUUCUGGCUGUGGAACCCGUGGCUGAUUCUGUGGCUAAUUCUGUUGCUUCUGUUGCUAAUUCAGUCGCUAAUUCAGUUGCUAACUCAGUUAACACAGUUGCGAACACAGUUGUCGCUGAACAAAAUCACGACCAACUUUGGCUUUCCAACGAAUUGCGAGACGACGCUUUGCUUACCGCAGCCGCCUUGAACGGAGACUCGCAUUUCCUUGACUUUAUCACGGGCAUUGGCCAAAACGACUUAUCGGAUCUUGGAAACACUUCCAACUACAACUUGGCCAACGACAACGAAUUUCUCAAUUUGGUGUUUCAUCGAAACCACAACGCUUUUCCAGGUGCUGAAAAUGCUCAGCUUCUCGAUACCGAGCAUGCUAGCUUCAUGGACCAGCCUGGGGUGCACUCGAAUUAUUCCAACUACAAUAAUUACUUCUACAGCAACCCAUACCAGCUCAACGAGAGUCUUGAGAUUCAUUUGCAUGCCUCAAAAGCAUCAACAACAAACGACGACGAUGAUUCCUCGAGUUUGGUAGAAGGUGAUAGCAUGAACUUGACACAAAUGCCCGCAAGUAUAAUGAGUAUAGUUCAGGCUCCAUUACAGCCCAAGCUCAUCGCAGCGCUUUCGAUUCCAGAUUCUCUGGCGGGUAUCCCAAGUACAGCUCUACAAGUGCAACCUUUGACAAGGUACCUCCUCAACUACUAUGUGACCCAGGUAGCUGAUCUCAUGACUGUUAUUCCAUUGACGGAAAAUCCCUGGAAAAUGAUCUACUUUCCUCGGGCGCUCAUGGCUAUAGGCGAGCUUCUGGCAUUGGGGAAGACAUCCGAUGCCAAAAAUGCCCUUUUGAAUGCCUUACUCGCUGUGCUGGCGUUCAAUUUGCAAUCAAAGUUCCCGAAAAACUCCGAGUCCAUGAAGUUUUAUCUUAAUCUCGGGAUCAGACUUCGCAACCAAGCCAGUCUUUUCGUGAAAAAUUUAUUGGGGUCCCAUAGUGAUUCCAAAGCCGGCAUUGAGCAUUGUGUCAACAACGAAAAGUACAAGGAUGUGCUUUGUGCGGUGAUGUCUAUGAUCUCGGUAGACUUGGUUUGGGGAACAAUGCAAGACACCAACUUCUACAUCAAGUGGUGCGGCCGAGUUAUCAGUGCGAAGAUGAUAACCAAGAAAAAGCUUUCUUCCAAAGCACGAGUGCUCCACCGCAUUUUCCUGUCGCUCAAGUUGAUCCAGGACCUGACAUGCCUUGAUCUCCAAAACAUCCAGGACGAUUUUACCCAGCUUUCCAAGAGCGGCUACGACAUCAACGGCGAUCAGUACGACACCAAUAACCGCAAAGAUAAAGGAACCAUAGAUUUUAUCAUCAAUAGCGGAGAUCGGAACUUGCGACUAGCGGGUGGAAGUGAAACCAAACAGAACUCGCCGCUGUUUGUCAACAAAAAGCUCAUCAAUACCAUGAAGAAGGACGAAAAUUUUGCAACCGAUGCACUUUAUGGGCUCCCCAACUCACUCAUUGUGCUCUUCAGCCAUGUGGUUCUGCUUGUUCGGACCAAAAUCUACUAUACCGAGAGCAACAAACCGCUUCCAGACGACCUAGGAGAUAAAGUAGAAAAGGUUGACCAAGGUCUUUGCAACUGGCAAGUCGACUGGAAGCUCUUCACCAUCCAAGGAGAUGAAAAAAAAUUCACCAGUCCCAUGCACGAAGUCACGUAUCACCAUAUCAUGUCAUUCUACCAUGCGCUACGAAUAUAUUUCAGUCGGCUUGUCAAAGGAGUCAAGCCGGCAGAAAUACAGCACCAUGUAGAGAAAACAUUGAAUCAUCUCAAUGCGAUUCAAAGUCUCAUAAAAAAAGGCGAUGCGUCUAUCAUUCCGCUCUUUUGGCAAGGAUUCAUUGCUGGGUGUGAAGCACUCACGUCGGAGCUACAAUUGGGGUUCAAGAAAUGGGGUGCUGAUAUAGCACAGUACUUGGGUAGUUACUGGGGAGCGCGGCAGAUCAUGUUGGAGGUUUGGCGAAGAAAAAAGGUGAAGGAGACAAGAGACGACUGGGUCAGUGUGAUCAAGGAUUGGGAAAUGAACUUGAUGUUGGAUUGA